AGUAGUAAACCCGCCGCCGCCGCUGUCGCACCGUCGGCACCGUCUCGUGUCGCUCGCUCGCCCUCACACCCGCCCACCUGAGAGCCUCCUCGCGGCCACGCCCAGGCCGCCCCACGUCCUGGAGCGCGCGUGGGUCUUGCUCUACGCCGAUUGGCAUAACACGUGGGCCUUUGCUUAUACAAGUUUGACGAGCACUAGUUGAAUCGCAGUGGUAGCUUGGAUUUACUUGACUACCACGUGAAAAUGCAGGACCUGUUGGGAGGGAAGGUGGGUCUCUCGUGAAUCGUCCUGCUGCCUCCUCGCAAGGGAUAACAGUGUAUGCUGUGUUCGUGGAAUAUCUUUUAAAGUGUGGUGGUGUGCAAUGAUGUCAGUAUUAUGAUGGUCACUCUGAAAUCUUACUCAAAGUGAAUUCCUAAUGUAUGUUACUGUGAAGUGUGAACCAAUGCGUCAUGGGUAAUGUUGAGGGUAAGCUGGCGGGGCGGAGGCAUGUUGAGCCACCAUACUGCACAUCGCGGCCCCUCCCGCCCCUGCCCCGCGAGGAAGAGGUGGAGUCGAUAGGCGACGAUGACCUUGAUUCUCCGCCUCCAUACCCGCCGCCGCCGCCGCCAGGGGAGGAACACAAGCGGUUCUCGUGGCGGUUCAGGGACUCCGCCGUCUUUGGCCACAGCGAAAACAAGAGACGCUCGUGGCUGUUAAACAUCACCAAUGGCGGCGACAAGACGAAGGGCAAAUUGGCUAAAGACGGUAAGGAUGUCAAUGAUAUUCAGGUAAACACAGGUGCAGGUGGCAAUGAAGGCUCUGGCAUCACUGGUGUUAAAGUGGAGACUAAAAAAGAUCCAAAGAUGAGUACCGAGACGACUCGCAUCCACUCAUACAAAAUCACGACUAAUGAAACAACUAGGGAUUCGAACGGAAGUUCAAGCUCUCCGGCCUGGCAAACACGUGACGGCAAACUUAUCAGCGUCAGCAAGAGCAUGGUGAAGGGAGAGGAUGGAGACGCUCCAGGAUACAGCCUCCUUCAUGAAUGUACGAGGCCAGAUGAGCGCACGGAUCUGUCUCCCAUUCAGAUUAGUGGCAGUACCAACAUGAAUCAGGACUUGAAGGAUGUGAUUGAAGAACUCCGAGGAAACCCUAAAGUAGAGACCAAGACCACUGUUAAGACUAUUUCUGAUGGGCAAGGGGGUGUGGUGACCGUCACCACCACUCAGAAAACACUGUCUUCUCAUGUAACUGUCACUGGAUCAGACCUAAGCACUCGCACUCAUAAUGACUCUCUGAGUAAACUUGAGGCUGAACUGAGUGCCCUCCUCUCCCCAGGACUUGAUGGUCACAGUAGGUCAAAUUUACCAAUGAUCAAUGGUGCAGAGCAUGGCGCGCAGACUUCCAUCUCUGCUGGAGAUGUGGGGCCGCAAAAUAAUGGGGGGGUGAAAGUCGGCGCGCACGCGAAUGACACUUAUAACAUAUCUGUCUCACCAAACCUUCCAUUACCCGAUUUACAAGAAUUUUCAGGCAUGGGUGCUCCAUUGCUUCCUGAUGUAGUUAAAGAUGACGGGGUGUGUGGUUCUGUGGGUUCUGGAUCUGUUGGGGUGGGUGGUGGAGUAUCUGGCACGUUGCCUGAGAUGGAAAUGACAAGUAGUCUACCUUCCGGUAGAGCCAAAGUUGACUUAGAUUUUCAUAGUGAUGCUCCGAAGCUUAGUGCUGAAGCUGAGGGAGAUGUGUCAGUCACUAAAGACGGCGAGCAAUCCAAGUUGAAAGGCGUUGAUUUACAAGUUUCAGGCCCUGAGCCUGUCGUUGAUGCAGUUGAUCUGAGUGGAGGCGUUCCGGUUAGCGAUAAGAAGAUCUCGGUACCUAAGAAGAAAAAGAUAAAUGGUGGACCUUGUUCAUGCCUCAGUCCACCCUCAAAACUAGAAGCAGAAGAACCUUAUGUCUCAGUUGAUAUAGCGAGGCCCGAUGGGAGUAUAGAGCCUACAGAGGCUGUAGCUACAGAGGCUGAAGUUGGAGAAGGUAAUGCAGAUAUAGAUGCGUCUCUUACAGCUGAUGUGAGAGGUCCAGAAAUAAAAAAGAAAUCACCUAAAGCAAAAAUGGGUUCAUGCUUUGGAAAAACUAAGGAACCAAAACUGGACAAUGAAAUGAAUCUUGAGGAAGAAGCAGAAAUUAAAGCACAAUCUACCAGCACAGGAGAACUUUCUGCAAAAGGUGAAUUAAGUGGUGACUUGCCUAAUGCAGAUAUUAGGCGUGACAAACGCACGAAAAAGAAAAACGUGAAAUUAUCAUCGUGCUUUGGCAAACCUAAGGAACCUAAAUGUGACACAUCCAAUGAAUUUUCAUAUUCAGUAGGACCAGACCACGAUGUCAAGGCUGAAAUGCCUUCAGUGAGAGCAAAUGUUAAAGCUGAAGUGCCAAAUGCAGAGGCAGAAAUGCAAAUACCAGAAGGUGAAGUUAAUUUUGGGGAAGGAACUGACACAAAGUUGUCCCUCACUACAACAGUGCCGUCUAUUCCAAAAGUAGAAGCCGUUUUGGAGGGAAAAGCUGAUAUGCCAGAUUUGGAUCUAAAAGCAAAAGCAGAACCAACAUUAAGAAUAAAAAGUGAUUUUGAGGUACAAGGAGACGUAGCAAGUUUAAGUAAAGAAGGCCCAGAGGUAGAAGUCAGCGGAGAGGUCAAGGCUCCAGAGGUGAAGGGUGGCAUUGAUAUUGAAUCACCUGAUAUAAAGGUGGAAGCUGGAAUGCCUUCCCCUGCAGUAGCGGUAGAGUCUCCUGAUGUGAAAAUAAAGGGAGGUAAAGGAAAGGGCAAGCUUGGAUCUUGCUUCGGAAAACCGAAAACUACUGAUAUUGAAGGAGAGUAUAAGCCUGGAAAAGCAGAAUUGGAAAGUCCCAAAGUAUCAGCAGGAGUGCAUGUUGAAGGGCCAGAAAUUAAAGGAGACUUAACUGACGAUGCUGCAGAGAUACAAGCCAAGGGAAAGAAACCAAAAGCCAAGCUUGGAUCUUGCUUUGGGAAACCGAAGUCUCCAAAAGUUGAGGCUGAAUACCAACCAGGAAAGGUGGAUGUUGAUGUUCCAGGAGUGAGCGGUGAAGCAAGUGUAAAAACAUCUGAAGGAGAUGCCAAGUUCAACGUUGAGGCCCCUGACGCCAACGUGAAAGGAGAAAAAGGUAUGAAGAAACCCAAAAUGAACCUUGGUUACUGUUUUGGAAAACCAAAGGGUGCUAAAGUAGAAGCAGGUUACCAACCACCAGACGUUAGACUAGAAGGACCUGAAAUAAAGGCUCCGAAAUUAGAAGAUGAAAUCCCUGAUGUUGAAGGGAACAUCGAACUGGAGCCAGCAAAAACUUCUGUGGAUGUAAAAUUACCCAGAUUGCCCGAAGUGAAAGGUGAUAUCAGCUUGGGAGACGUUCCUAAAACUGAGCCAACUUUAAAGAUUGAAGGUGACAUUCCUGACCUCCCUAAAGUUGAAGCCAAGCUGGGAGGUAAGGCAGAACUUCCUGAUAUUGAUGUAGAAGGAAAGCUGCCUUCACCUCCUGAUGUGAAAGGAGAUAUCAGCAUGGGAGUUGACGUUUCCAAAGCUGAGCCAACUUUAAAGAUUGAAGGUGACAUUCCUGACCUCCCUAAACUUGAAGCCAAGCUGGGAGGUAAGGCAGGACUUCCUGAUAUUGAAGUAGAACGAAGGUUGCCUUCACCUCCUGAAGUGAAAGCAAACGUUGACAUUGGCGGAACAUUGCCUGACGUGAAGCUAGAGGGAGAACUCCCUAACGAUGACUUGAAAAUGGAUGUCAGCGGGAAUAUGCCAAGCUUCUCUGCAGAGAUUAAGGGACCUGAUGUUUCUUUACCAGAGAUACAAAUGCCAAAAGUAAAAGGAGAAAUUAAAGGCGACUUCCCCACAGCUCAGCUUCCUGAAGCACAAGUGUCAUUGCCAUCGUCACCAUCGGCUGAAAUAAAGGCAGAAGUUCAAACCCCACAAAUAUCAGGGGACGUAGAUGUUCCUAAACCAAAGCUUAAAGGAAAGAAAACUAACUUUGGUCCAUGUGCAUGUCUUGGAGGCCCAAAGAAAGGCAAGUUGGAAGAACCUUAUGUUUCAGCUGGUGCAGAAAUCAAAGCCCCUCCAGAUGUUGGUGUUGAAGGAAAAGUUGAUGCCAGUCUGAAAGUUGAAGGUGAUAUUGAAGGCCAAAGUGUUGCUGUUGACGUCCCGAAGGGGAAGGCUGAAAUUGAUGUAGAUACCCCUGAAGUCAAGGUGAAAGCAGACAAACCUAAGGGCAAGUUCGGUUCAUGCUUUGGAAAACCAAAAGGCGUUGAGGUAGAAGGAGAAUAUAAACCAGGAAAGAUUGAUGUUGAUGUUCCUGAAGCAGGUGCUGAAGCCAGCGUUGCAGCUCCUGUAGCAAAGGCUGAGAUCAGUGUAGAGAGUCCAGACGUGAAACUGAAGGCUGAUAAGACAAAAGGAAAGUCGAAAUUUGGAUCAUGCUUUGGAAAACCAAAGUCCCCAAAAGUUGAAGGUCAAUACAAACCAGGAAAACUUGAAAUAGAAGAUCCAGAAGUAGAAAUCAGUGGAGAGGUAAAGGCUCCUGAGGCCAAGGGUGACAUUGAUAUUGAGUCACCCGAUGUAAAGGUGGAAGCUGAAGUGUCUUCCCCUGAUGUAGCGGUGGAAUCUCCCGAUGUGAAAAUAAAGGGAGGUAAAGGAAAAGGCAAACUCGGAUCCUGCUUCGGAAAGCCAAAAACUCCUGAGAUUGAAGGAGAGUAUAAGCCUGGGAAAGUAGAAUUAGAAGGACCUGAAUUAUCAGCAGGAGCGCGUGUUGAAGGCCCAGAAUCUAAAGGAGAGGUCACUGGCGAUGCUCCAGAGAUACAGGCCAAGGGAAAGAAACCAAAAGCCAAGAUUGGAUCUUGCUUUGGGAAACCAAAGUCUCCAAAAGUAGAGGGUGAAUACCAACCUGGAAAGAUGGAUGUUAAUGUUCCAGGAGUGAGCGGUGAAGCAGGUGUAAAAACACCUGAAGGAGAUACCAAGUUGAACGUUGAGGGCCCUGACGCCAACAUUAAAGGAGAAAAAGGUAUGAAGAAACCGAAAAUGAAGUUUGGUUCCUGUUUUGGAAAACCAAAGGGUGGUAAAGUAGAAGCAGAUUACCAUCCACCAGACGUUGAAAUAAAAGGACCUGAAAUAAAGGCUCCAAAAGUAGAAGUUGAGAUACCUAAGUUUGAAGGGGACAUCGAAGUAGAGGCACCAAAGACUUCUGUAGAAGUAGAAAUACCUGGAUUGCCCGAAGUAAAAGGUGAUAUCAGCAUGGGAGUUGAUGUUCCCAAAGCUGAGCCAACUUUAAAAAUUGAAGGUGACAUUCCUGACCUCCCUAAAGUUGAAGCCAAGUUGGGAGGUAAGGCAGAACUUCCUGAUAUUGAUGUAGAAGGAAAGUUGCCUUCAGUUCCUGAAGUGAAAGCAAACGUUGACAUUGGCGGAACAUUGCCUGACGUGAAAUUUGAGGGAGAACUCCCUAAGGGUGACUUAGAGGUGGACGUUAGUGGGAACUUACCAAGCUUCUCUGGAGACAUUAAAGGACCUGAUGUUUCUUUACCAGAGAUGUCAGUGCCAAAAGUAGAAGGAGAAAUUAAGGGAGACUUACCCACAGCUGAGCUACCUGAAGCAAAAGUGUCAUUACCAUCACCACCAUCAGCUGAAAUAAAGGCAGAAGUUCAAACACCACAAAUAUCAGGAGGCGUCGAUGUUCCUAAACCAAAGCUUAAAGGAAAGAAAGCUAACUUUGGUCCAUGUGCAUGCCUUGGAGGUCCCAAGAAAGGCAAGUUGGAAGAACCUUAUGUUUCAGCUGGUGCAGAAAUCAAAGCCCCUCCAGAUGUUGGUAUUGAAGGAAAAGCUGAUGCCAAUCUGAAAGUUGAAGGUGAUAUUGAAGGCCCAAGUGUUGCUGUUGACGUUCCAAAAGGGAAGGCUGAAAUUGAUGUAGAUACCCCUGAAGUCAAGGUGAAAGCAGACAAACCUAAGGGCAAAUUCGGUUCAUGCUUUGGAAAACCAAAAGACGUUGAGGUAGAAGGAGAAUAUAAACCAGGAAAAAUUAAUGUUGAUAUUCCUGAAGCAGGUGCUGAAGCCAGCGUUGCUGCUCCUGCAGCGAAGGCUGAGAUCACUGUAGAGAGCCCAGACGUGAAAGUGAAGGCUGAAAAGCCAAAAGGAAAGGCGAAAUUUGGUUCAUGCUUUGGAAAACCAAAAGGUACUGGUGUAGAAGGAGAAUAUAAACUAGGAAAGGUUGAUGCUGAUGUUCCUGAAGUAAGUGCUGAAGCCAGCGUUCCUGCUCCUGCAGCAAAAGCUAACAUCAGUGUUGAGAGCCCAGACACGAAAGUCAAGACUGAAAAGCCAAAAGUGAAAUCUAAAUUUGGACCAUGCUUUGGGAAACCAAAGUCCCCAAAAAUCAAAGGUGAAUACAAACCAGGAAAGCUUGAAGUAGAAGGUCCCAAGGGAGAAAUCAGUGGAGAGAUCAAGGCUCCUGAGGCCAAAAGUGACAUUGAUAUUGAGUCACCUGAUGUAAAGGUGGAAGCUGGCGUGUCUUCCCCUGAUGUAGCGGUGGAGUCUCCUGAUGUGAAAAUAAAGGGAGGUAAAGGAAAGGGUAAGCUGGGAUCUUGCUUUGGAAAGCCAAAAACUCCUAAGAUUGAAGGAGAGUAUAAGCCUGGGAAAGCAGAAUUAGAAGGUCCUGAAGUAUCAGCAGAAAUGCGUGUUGAAGGGCCAGAAUUUAAGGGAGAGGCCACUGGCGAUGCUCCAGAGAUACAGGCCAAGGGAAAGAAACCAAAAGCCAAGCUUGGAUCUUGCUUUGGGAAACCAAAGUCUCCAAAAGUAGAGGGUGAAUACCAACCUGGAAAGAUGGAUGUUGAUGUUCCAGGAAUGAGCGGUGAAGCAAGUGUAAAAACACCUGAAGGAGAUGCCAAGUUGAACGUUGAGGCUUCUGACGCCAAAAUCAAAGGAGAAAAAGAUAUGAAGAAACCGAAAAUGAACUUUGGUUCCUGUUUUGGAAAACCAAAGGGUGCUAAAUUAGAGGCAGGUUACCAACCACCAGACGUUGAAAUAAAAGGACCUGAAAUAAAGGCCCCGAAAGUAGAAGUUGAGAUACCUAGGGUUGAAGGGGACAUCGAAGUAGAGGCACCAAAGACUUCUGUAGAUGUAGAAAUACCUGAAUUGCCCGAAGUAAAAGGUGAUCUCAUCAUAGGAGUUGACGUUCCCAAAACUGAGCCAACUUUAAAGAUUGAAGGUGAUAUUCCUGACCUACCUAAAGUUGAAGCCAAACUGGGAGGUAAGGCAGAACUUCCUGAUAUUGAUGUAGAAGGAAAGUUGCCUUCAGUUCCUGAAAUGAAAGCAAACGUUGACAUUGGCGGAGCAUUGCCUGACGUGAAAUUUGAGGGAGAACUCCCUAAGAGUGACUUAGAGGUGGACGUUAGUGGGAACUUACCAAGCUUCUCUGGAGACAUUAAAGAACCUGAUGUUUCUUUACCAGAGAUGUCAGUGCCAAAAGUAGAAGGAGAAAUUAAGGGCGACCUACCCACAGCUGAGCUACCUGAAGCAAAAGUGUCAUUACCAUCACCACCAUCAGCUGAAAUAAAGGCAGAAGUUCAAACACCACAAAUAUCAGGAGACGUAGAUGUUCCUAAACCAAAGCUUAAAGGAAAGAAAGCUAACUUUGGUCCAUGCGCAUGUCUUGGAGGCCCCAAGAAAAGCAAGUUGGAAGAACCUUAUGUUUCAGCUGGUGCAGAAAUCAAAGCCCCUCCAGAUGUUGGUGUUGAAGGAAAAGCUGAUGCCAGUCUGAAAGUUGAAGGUGAUAUUGAAGGCCCAAGUGUUGCUGUUGAUGUCCCGAAAGGGAAGGCUGAAAUUGAUGUAGAUACCCCUGAAGUCAAGGUGAAAGCAGACAAACCUAAGGGCAAAUUCGGUUCAUGCUUUGGAAAACCAAAAGGCGUUGAGGUAGAAGGAGAAUAUAAACCAGGAAAGAUUGAUGUUGAUAUUCCUGAAGCAGGUGCUGAAGCCAGCGUUGCAGCUCCUGCAGCGAAGGCUGAGAUCAGUGUAGAGAGCCCAGACAUGAAAGUUAAACCUGAAAAGCCAAAACCAAGAGCUAAAUUUGGGUCUUGCUUUGGAAAACCAAAGUCCCCAAAAAUCAAAGGUGAAUACAAACCAGGAAAGCUUGAAGUAGAAGGUCCCAAGGGAGAAAUCAGUGGAGAGAUCAAGGCUCCUGAGGCCAAAAGUGACAUUGAUAUUGAGUCACCUGAUGUAAAGGUGGAAGCUGGCGUGUCUUCCCCUGAUGUAGCGGUGGAGUCUCCUGAUGUGAAAAUCAAGGGAGGUAAAGGAAAGGGUAAGCUGGGAUCUUGCUUUGGAAAACCGAAAACUCCUAAGAUUGAAGGAGAGUAUAAGCCUGGGAAAGCAGAAUUAGAAGGACCUGAAGUAUCAGCAGGAGUGCGUGUUGAAGGACCAGAAGUUAAAGGAGAUGUCAUUGGUGAUGCUCCAGAGAUUCAGGCCAAGGGAAAGAAACCAAAAGCAAAGCUUGGAUCCUGCUUUGGGAAACCAAAGUCUCCAAAAGUUGAAGGUGAAUACCAAUCUGGAAAGGUGGAUGUUGAUGUUCCUGGAGUGAGCGGUGAAGCAAGUGCAAAGACCCCUGAAGGACAUAUGAAGUUGGACAUUGAAGCUCCUGACACCAAAGCUAAAGGAGAUAAAGGUAUGAAGAAACCCAAAAUGAAUCUUGGUUCCUGUUUUGGAAAGCCAAAAGGUGCUAAAGUAGAAGCAGGUUACCAACCACCAGACGUCAAAAUAGUAGGACCUGAAAUAAAGUCUCCGAAAGUAGAAGUUGAGAUCCCUGAUGUUGAAGGUAACAUUGAACUGGAGGCACCAAAGACUUCUGUUGAUGUAGAAAUACCUGAAUUACCUAAAGUGAAAGGUGAUAUCAGCAUGGGAGUUGACGUUUCCAAAGCUGAGCCAACUUUAAAGAUUGAAGGUGACAUUCCUGACCUCCCUAAAGUUGAAGCUAAGCUGGGAGGUAAGGCAGAACUUCCUGACAUUGAGGUAGAAGGAAUUUUGCCUUCAGCUCCUGAAGUGAAAGCAAACGUUGACAUUGGCGGAACAUUACCUGACGUGAAGCUAAAGGGAGCUCCUAAGGGUGACUUAGAAAUGGAUGUUAGCGGGAAUUUGCCAAGCUUCUCUGGAGAUAUUAAGGGGUCUGAUAUACCUGUGCCAGAGAUUUCAAUGCCAAAGGUAGAAGGAGAAAUUAAAGGCGACCUACCCACAGUUGAACUUCCUGAAACAAGUGUUUCAUUACCAUCGCCACCAUCGGCUGAAAUAAAGGCAGAAGUUCAAACCCCACAAAUAUCAGGAGAAGUUGAUGUUCCUAAACCAAAGCUUAAAGGAAAGAAAACUAACUUUGGUCCAUGUGCAUGUCUUGGAGGCCCAAAGAAAGGCAAAUUGGAAGAACCUUAUGUUUCAGCUAGUGCAGAAAUCAAAGCCCCUCCAGAUGUUGGUGUUGAAGGAAAAGCUGAUGCCAGUCUGAAAGUUGAAGGUAAUACUGAAGGCCCAAGUGUUGCUGUUGAUGUCCCGAGAGGUAAGGCUGAAAUUGAUGUAGAUAUCCCUGAAGUCAAGGUAAAAGCAGACAAACCUAAGGGCAAAUUCGGUUCAUGCUUUGGAAAACCAAAAGGCGUUGAGGUAGAAGGAGAAUAUAAACCAGGAAAGAUUGAUGUUGAUAUUCCUGAAGCAGGUGCUGAAGCCAGCGUUGCAGCUCCUGCAACGAAGGCUGAGAUCACUGUAGAGAGCCCAGACGUAAAAGUGAAGGCUGAAAAGCCAAAAGGAAAAGGAAAACUUGGAUCAUGCUUUGGAAAACCAAAAGGUACUGAUGUAGAAGGGGAAUAUAAACCAGGAAAGGUUGAUGUUGAUGUUCCUGAAGUAAGUGCUGAAGCCAGCGUUGUUGCUCCUGCAGCGAAAGCUAACAUCAGUGUUGAGAGCCCAGACACGAAAGUCAAGGCUGAAAAGCCAAAAGUGAAAUCUAAAUUUGGAUCAUGCUUUGGAAAACCAAAGUCCCCCAAAGUUCAAGGUGAAUACAAACUAGGAAAACUUGAAGUAGAAGGUUCCGAGGCAGAAAUCAGUGGAGAGGUCAAGGUUCCUGGAGCAAAGGGUGACAUUGAUAUUGAAUCACCCGAUGUAAAGGUGGAAGCUGGAGUGUCUUCCCCUGAUGUAGCGGUGGAAUCUCCUGAUGUGAAAAUAAAGGGAGGUAAUGGAAAGGGUAAGCUCGGAUCUUGCUUCGGAAAGCCGAAAACUCCUAAGAUUGAAGGAGAGUAUAAGCCUGGGAAAGCAGAAUUAGAAGGUCCUGAAGUAUCAGCAGAAAUGCGUGUUGAAGGGCCAGAAUUUAAGGGAGAGGCCACUGGCGAUGCUCCAGAGAUACAGGCCAAGGGAAAGAAACCAAAAGCCAAGCUUGGAUCUUGCUUUGGGAAACCAAAGUCUCCAAAAGUAGAGGGUGAAUACCAACCUGGAAAGAUGGAUGUUGAUGUUCCAGGAAUGAGCGGUGAAGCAAGUGUAAAAACACCUGAAGGAGAUGCCAAGAUGAACAUUGAGGCUCCUGACACCAAAAUUAAAGGAGAAAAAGGUAUGAAGAAACCGAAAAUGAAUUUUGGUUCCUGUUUUGGAAAGCCAAGGGGUGCUAAAGUAGAAGCAGAUUACCAACCACCAGAUGUUGAAAUAAAAGGACCUGAAAUAAAGGCCCCGAAAGUAGAAGUUGAGAUACCUAAGGUUGAAGGGGACAUCGAAGUAGAGGCACCAAAGACUUCUGUAGAUGUAGAAAUACCUGGAUUGCCCGAAGUAAAAGGUGAUAUCAGCAUGGGAGUUGACGUUCCCAAAGCUGAGCCAACUUUAAAGAUUGAAGGUGAAAUUCCUGACCUACCUAAAGUUGAAGCCAAGCUGGGAGGUAAGGCAGAACUUCCUGGUAUUGAUGUAGAAGGAAAGUUGCCUUCAGCUCCUGAAGUGAAAGCGAACGUUGACAUUGGCGGAACAUUGCCUGACAUGAAAUUUGAGGGAGAACUCCCAAAGGGUGACUUAGAGGUGGACGUUAGUGGGAACUUACCAAGCUUCUCUGGAGACAUUAAAGGACCUGAUGUUUCUUUACCAGAGAUGUCAGUGCCAAAAGUAGAAGGAGAAAUUAAGGGUGACUUACCCACAGCUGAGCUACCUGAAGCAAAAGUGUCAUUACCAUCACCACCAUCAGUUGAAAUAAAGGCAGAAGUUCAAACACCACAAAUAUCAGGAGACGUAGAUGUUCCUAAACCAAAGCUUAAAGGAAAGAAAGCUAACUUUGGUCCAUGUGCAUGUCUUGGAGGCCCCAAGAAAGGCAAGUUGGAAGAACCUUAUGUUUCAGCUGGUGCAGAUAUCAAAGCCCCUUCAGAUGUUGGUGUUGAAGGAAAAGCUGAUGCCAGUCUGAAAGUUGAAGGUGAUAUUGAAGGCCCAAGUGUUGCUGUUGAUGUCCCGAGAGGUAAGGCUGAAAUUGAUGUAGAUACCCCUGAAGUCAAGGUGAAAGCAGACAAACCUAAGGGCAAAUUCGGUUCAUGCUUUGGAAAACCAAAAGGCGUUGAGGUAGAAGGAGAAUAUAAACCAGGAAAGAUUGAUGUUGAUAUUCCUGAAGCAGGUGCUGAAGCCAGCGUUGCAGCUCCUGCAGCGAAGGCUGAGAUCAGUGUAGAGAGCCCAGACGUGAAAGUUAAACCUGAAAAGCCAAAACCAAGAGCUAAAUUUGGAUCUUGCUUUGGGAAACCAAAGUCCCCAAAAAUCAAAGGUGAAUACAAACCAGGAAAGCUUGAAGUAGAAGGUCCCAAGGGAGAAAUCAGUGGAGAGAUCAAGGCUCCUGAGGCCAAAAGUGACAUUGAUAUUGAGUCACCUGAUGUAAAGGUGGAAGCUGGCGUGUCUUCCCCUGAUGUAGCGGUGGAGUCUCCAGAUGUGAAAAUAAAGGGAGGUAAAGGAAAGGGUAAGCUGGGAUCUUGCUUUGGAAAGCCAAAAACUCCUAAGAUUGAAGGAGAGUAUCAGCCUGGGAAAGCAGAAUUAGAAGGACCUGAAGUAUCAGCAGGAGUGCGUGUUGAAGGACCAGAAGUUAAAGGAGAUGUCUUUGGCGAUACUCCAGAGAUUCAGGCCAAGGGAAAGAAACCAAAAGCUAAGCUUGGAUCUUGCUUUGGAAAACCAAAGUCUCCAAAAGUUGAAGGUGAAUAUCAAUCUGGAAAGGUGGAUGUUGAUGUUCCUGGAGUGAGCGGUGAAGCAAGUGCAAAGACCCCUGAAGGACAUAUGAAGUUGGACAUUGAAGCUCCUGACGCCAAAGCUAAAGGAGAUAAAGGUAUGAAGAAACCCAAAAUAAAUCUUGGUUCCUGUUUUGGAAAGCCAAAAGGUGGCAAAGUAGAAACAGGUUACCAACCACCGGACGUCAAAAUAGGACCUGAAAUAAAGUCUCCAAAAGUAGAAGUUGAGAUCCCUGAUGUUGAAGGUAACAUCGAACUGGAGGCACCAAAGACUUCUGUUGAUGUAGAAAUACCUGAAUUACCUGAAGUGAAAGGUGAUAUCAGCAUGGGAGUUGACGUUUCCAAAGCUGAGCCAACUUUAAAGAUUGAAGGUGACAUUCCUGACCUCCCUAAAGUUGAAGCUAAGCUAGGAGGUAAGACAGAACUUCCUGACAUUGAGGUAGAAGGAAAGUUGCCUUCAGCUCCUGAAGUGAAAGCAAACGUUGACAUUGGCGGAACAUUACCUGACGUGAAGCUAAAGGGAGAACUCCCUAAGGGUGACUUAGAAAUGGAUGUUAGCGGGAAUUUGCCAAGCUUCUCUGGAGACAUUAAGGGAUCUGAUAUACCUGUGCCAGAGAUUUCAAUGCCAAAGGUAGAAGGAGAAAUUAAAGGCGACCUACCCACAGUUGAACUUCCUGAAACAAAUGUUUCAUUACCAUCGCCACCAUCGGCUGAAAUAAAGGCAGAAGUUCAAACCCCACAAAUAUCAGGAGAAGUUGAUGUUCCUAAACCAAAGCUUAAAGGAAUGAAAACUAACUUUGGUCCAUGCGCAUGUCUUGGAGGCCCCAAGAAAGGCAAGUUGGAAGAACCUUAUGUUUCAGCUGGUGGAGAAAUCAAAGCCCUUCCAGAUGUUGGUGUUGAAGGAAAAGCUGAUGCCAGUCUGAAAGUUGAAGGUAAUAUUGAAGGCCCAAGUGUUGCUGUUGAUGUCCCGAGAGGUAAGGCUGAAAUUGAUGUAGAUACCCCUGAAGUCAAGGUAAAAGCAGACAAACCUAAGGGCAAAUUCGGUUCAUGCUUUGGAAAACCAAAAGGCGUUGAGGUAGAAGGAGAAUAUAAACCAGGAAAGAUUGAUGUUGAUAUUCCUGAAGCAGGUGCUGAAGCCAGUGUUGCAGCUCCUGCAGCGAAGGCUGAGAUCAGUGUAGAGACCCCAGACAUGAAACUGAAGGCUGAAAAGCCAAAAGGAAAAGGAAAACUUGGAUCAUGCUUUGGAAAACCAAAGUCCCCAAAAGUUGAAGGUCAAUAUAAACCUGGAAAACUCGAAAUAGAAGGUCCCAAAGUAGAAGUCAGUGCAGAGGUCAAGGCUCCUGAGGCCAAGGGUGACAUUGAUACUGAUUCACCCGAUGUAAAGCUGGAAGCGGGUGUGUCUUCCCCUGAUGUAGCGGUGGAGUCUCCCAAUGUAAAAAUAGAGGGAGGUAAAGGAAAAGGCAAACUCGGAUCUUGCUUUGGAAAGCCAAAGACACGUGAGAUUGAAGGAGAGUAUAAGCCUGGGAAAGCAGAAUUAGAAAAACCUGAAGUAUCAGCAGGAGUGCGUGUUGAAGGGACAGAAGUUAAAGGAGAUGUCAUUGUCGAUGCUCCAGAGAUACAGGCCAAGGGAAAGAAACCAAAAGCCAAGCUUGGAUCUUGCUUUGGGAAACCAAAGUCUCCAAACGUAGAGGGUGAAUACCAAUCUGGAAAGAUGGAUGUUGAUGUUCCAGGAGUGAGUGGUGAAGCAAGUGUAAAAACACCUGAAGGAGAUGCCAUGUUGAACGUUGAGGCCCCUGACGCUAAAAUUAAAGGAGAAAAAGGUAUGAAGAAACCAAAAAUGAACUUUAGUUCCUGUUUUGGAAAGCCAAAGGGUGCUAAAUUAGAGGCAGGUUACCAACCACCAGAUGUUGAAAUAAAAGGACCUGAAAUAAAGUCUCCAAAAGUAGAAGUUGAGAUACCUAGGGUUGAAGCGGACAUCGAAGUAGAGGCACCAAAGACUUCUGUAGAUGUAGAAAUACCUGGAUUGCCCGAAGUAAAAGGUGAUAUCAGCAUGGGAGUUGAUGUUCCCAAAGCUGAGCCAACUUUAAAAAUUGAAGGUGUCAUUCCUGACCUCCCUAAAGUUGAAGCCAAGCUGGGAGGUAAGGCAGAACUUCCUGAUAUUGAGGUAGAAGGAAAGUUGCCUUUAGCUCCUGAAGUGAAAGCAAACCUUGACAUUGGUGAAGCAGUUCCUGAUGUGAAGCUUAAGGGAGAACUCCCUAAGGGUGAUUUAAAGGUGGACGUUAGCGGGAAUUUGCCAAGUAUUUCUGGAGACAUUAAAGGAACUGAUGUUUCUUUACCAGAGGUGUUAAUUCCAAAAGUAGAAGGUAAAGUUGAGGGUAAUUUAGCUGGUAGUGAGCUACCAGAAGAUAAUGUGGCUGUACCUACACUUCCAUCAGUGUCUCUUAAAGGUGAUUUCUUAGAGAGAGAAAUUACUUUGGGUGAAAAUUUGAGCACCGAAUAUAGUGGAGGAGCUGCCGCUGAAGUGGAAGUUCAGAUUCCAAGCGUUGAACAACAGGACAUUGAUAUUUCACUACCAAAAGGCAUGGCUGAGGUGAAUGUAAAUCCUCCAAAUACGGGCGUUGAUAUUUCAGGACCAACUGUUGACUUUGAAGUUCCUGAAGGGAAAGCUGGUAUUAACAUAGAUGCUCCAAAAGUGAAAGUGAAAGGCGAUAAACCAAAGAUUAAAUUUGGAUCAUGCUUUGGGAAACCAGAAAGAUUGGAUUCUGGAGGAGAAUAUAUACCAGUUGAUGUUGAAAUUCCUGAAGCAAGUGCUCAGGCUAGCAUCGAAGUUCCAGAAUCAAAAGCUGAAGUCUCAGUCGAAGCUCCAGAUAUGAAAGUGAAGGCGGAGAAGUCGAAACCAAAGACUGACUUUGGAUCAUGUUUCGGAAAGCCAAAAAUCUCAAAAGUUGAGGACGAAUAUAAACCUGGAAAAGUUGAGUUAGAAGGCCCAGAAUUAGAGAUCAGUAGUGAAAUCAUAGCUCCUAAGGCCAAGGCUGACAUUGAUACUGAACCAUCUGAAGUAAAGGUGGAAGGUAAAGUCACUCCUCCCUCAGUUGCAGUGGAAUCCCCUGAUAUUAAUGUAAAGGGAGAUAAAAGAAAAAAUAAGCUUGGAUCCUGCUUUGGGAAACCCAAGACUCCUAGAUUAGAGAGUGAAUAUAAGCCAGGAAAAGUAGAAGUAAAGAGUCCUGAAGCUUCGGCAGGAGUUAAUGCUGAAGCCCCAGAAAUUGAAGGAAGCAUCAGUGUAGAAGCACCAAGGAUAAAAACUAAAACCAAAAAGUCAAAAGGCAAACUCGGAUCAUGCUUUGGAGAACUGGAAGGACCAAAGGAUAAAUACCAACCUGGAAUUGACAGUCCUGGAGUAGCUGGUGAAGCAAGUGUUCAAAUACCCACAGGAGAGGCAGAGUUGAAUGGUGAGACCCCUGACGUUAAAGUUACAGGAAAAAGUAAAAAGCCCAACAUGAAACUUGGAUCCUGCUUCGGGGAACCGAAAGGUACUGAGGUGGAAACAGGUUACCAGCCAACGAAAGUUAGAAUCGAAGGACCCAAAAUAGAAGUUCCAAAAGCAGAAGUAGAAAUGCCAUACACAACAGAAAAAAUGGAAGUGAAGACACCAGAUGCCUCUGUUGAUAUUGAGGUGCCUGGAUUGCCAGAAGUGAAAGGUGAUAUCAACAUGGGAAUGGGAAUUGACGUUCCUAAGGCUGAGCCAACAUUAAAAAUUGAAGGCAACAUUUCUGAUCUCCCUAAAGUUGAAGCUAAACUGGGAGGUAAGGCAGAACUUUCCAAUAUCGGAAUAGAGGGAACGCUGCCUUCAUCCCCAAAAGUAAAGGCAAAUAUUGAUACUAAUGGACCAAUGGAUGAAUUGGAUGUAAAGCUUGAGGGUGAUGCAAAAAUAGACAUGAAUGGGAGUUUCCCAGGCUUUUCAGGGAAUAUCAAAGGAUCAAAUACAUCUCUACCAGAAAUCUCAGUGCCAAAAAUGGAAGGAGGAAUUACAGGAGAAUUACCAAGCGUAAAACUUGAAGGAGAUUCCCCUUCAAUGGUUAUCGAAGUCGAUUCACCUGAUUUUUCCAUACCUUCAGAAAAACUUAGUAUAAAAUCUCCCAAACUUGAAACAAAGUGUGAGUCAGAAUCCAUAGAUAUCAAUGCUGAUCUUGAUGCAACUGUUCCUGAUAUUAAAGUUAAAAGUGAAAAGCAUAAAAUCAACAUAGGAUCAUGGUUAGGAAAAGCUAAAAGUCCUCUUUCAAAGGGUCACUAUUCUCCAACAAAGGCGCAGAAAGUCGAUGCAGAAAUAACUGGGACGGCUAACAUAAGACCGUUUGAUGCUCAGGUAGAUUUGGACAUUCCAGUCUGUGAAACUAAAGCUGCAGUAUCAUCACCAGAUACAAGAGUAGAGUCCCCAGAGGUAAAUAUAAAAGGAGGUAAAGGAAAGGCCAAGUUAGGAUCCUGCUUUGGGAAACCGAAAACUCCUGAUGUGGAGGGUGAAUACAAACCAAGAAAAGCCAAAAUUGAAGGUCCUGAAAUGUCUGCUGAAAUGAAUGUUGCAACGACGGAGGUUGAAGGUGACGUCAGUGUAGAAACGAAGAGUAAAAGACCAAAGGCCAAAUUUGGAUCAUGCUUUGGAAAGCCAAAGUCUUCAGAAAUGGAGGGUGAAUGCUACUCCACAAAGAUAGAGACUGAUGUUCCAGGAAUUACCGGUGAAAUAGAUGUUACAGGGCCAUAUGUAGAGGAUGGUGACCUAUCAUUGCCAGCAGUUGAAGUAAAAGCUGAGCCACCAAUUCCUCCAAUGCGCAAGAACAAAUUAAAGCAUAAUAUUGAUGUUCCUGAAGCUGGUGUUACUGGAAAAUUGCCUGACUGCAACGCUGGGGCUAGUUUACAGGCCACAAUUCCUGAUGUUCUUGUUGGGACAAAUGGAAAUAGUUUUGGUCUUAAGUCAGAUAUCCCACAAAUGAAAGCUGAAGUUGGAGGAUUUGAAGGAAAAUUAAAUAUUAAAACUGAUGUUCCAGAUAUAAAGGGUAAUGUUCCAGAAGUUACAGGUGAAAUCUCAGGCAGUACAGGAGAGUUGAAUAUCAAUGCUGGUGUUCCAGAAAUAAAGGCAGAUACCCAAAGGUUUGGAGGAGGAUUGAGUUCUAAGGCUAAUGGUCUAGAAAUGAUGGCAGAUAUCCCAGAGGUAAAGAAUGACGGCCUUGGGUUGAAAGGAAAAAUGGACUUCAGUGCUGAUGUCCCAGAAGUGAAAGCCUGUAUUCCAGGCUUUGGUGGAGGUUUGAACUUUAAGGCUGAUGUUCCAGAAAUGAAAACUGAUGUUACAGGAUUUGGAGGAAAAAUUGAAAUGGAUGCCCACGUCCCAGAGGUAAAGGCUAAUAUCCCAGAGAUAAAGGCUGAUGUCCCAGGGUUUGCAGGAAAGUUAGACUUCAAGGCUGAUGUCCCAGAGAUAAAGGCUGAUGUCCCAGGAUUUGGAGGAAAGUUGGACUUCAAGGCUGAUGUCCCAGAGAUAAAGACUGAUGUCCCAGGAUUUGGAGGAAAGCUGGACUUCAAGGCUGAUGUCCCAGAGGUAAAGGCUGAUGUCCCAGGAUUUGGAGGAAAGCUGGACUUCAAGGCUGAUGUCCCAGAGGUAAAGGCCGAUGUCCCAGGAUUUGGAGGAAAGCUGGACUUCAAGGCUGAUGUCCCAGAUGUAAAGGCUGAUGUCCCAGGAUUUGGAGGAAAGCUGGACUUCAAGGCUGAUGUCCCAGAGGUAAAGGCUGAUGUCCCAGGAUUUGGAGGAAAGCUGGACUUCAAGGCUGAUGUCCCAGAGGUAAAGGCUGAUGUCCCAGGAUUUGGAGGAAAGCUGGACUUCAAGGCUGAUGUCCCAGAGCUAAAGGCUGAUGUCCCAGGAUUUGGAGGAAAGCUGGACUUCUCCCAGGAUUUGGAGGAAAGCUGGACUUCAAGGCUGAUGUCCCAGAGGAUAAAGGCUGAUGUCCCAGGAUUUGGAGGAAAGCUGGACUUCAAGGCUGAUGUCCCAGAGGUAAAGGCUGAUGUCCCAGGAUUUGGAGGAAAGCUGGACUUCAAGGCUGAUGUCCCAGAGGUAAAGGCUGAUGUCCCAGGAUUUGGAGGAAAGCUGGACUUCAAGGCUGAUGUCCCAGAGGUAAAGGCUGAUGUCCCAGGAUUUGGAGGAAAGCUGGACUUCAAGGCUGAUGUCCCAGAGGUAAAGGCUGAUGUCCCAGGAUUUGGAGGAAAGCUGGACUUCAAGGCUGAUGUCCCAGAGGUAAAGGCUGAUGUCCCAGGAUUUGGAGGAAAGCUGGACUUCAAGGCUGAUGUCCCAGAGGUAAAGGCUGAUGUCCCAGGAUUUGGAGGAAAGCUGGACUUCAAGGCUGAUGUCCCAGAGGUAAAGGCUGAUGUCCCAGGAUUUGGAAGAAAGCUGGACUUCAAGGCUGAUGUCCCAGAGGUAAAGGCUGAUGUCCCAGGAUUUGGAGGAAAGCUGGACUUCAAGGCUGAUGUCCCAGAGGUAAAGGCUGAUGUCCCAGGAUUUGGAGGAAAGCUGGACUUCAAGGCUGAUGUCCCAGAGGUAAAGGCUGAUGUCCCAGGAUUUGGAGGAAAGCUGGACUUCAAGGCUGAUGUCCCAGAGGUAAAGGCUGAUGUCCCAGGAUUUGGAGGAAAGCUAGACUUCAAGGCUGAUGUCCCAGAGGUAAAGGCUGAUGUCUCAAGGUUUGGAGGAAAGCUGGAUUUCAAGGCUGAUGUCCCAGAGGUAAAGGCUGAUGUCCCAGGAUUUGGAGGAAAGCUGGACUUCAAGGCUGAUGUCCCAGAGGUAAAGGCUGAUGUCUCAAGGUUUGGAGGAAAGCUGGAUUUCAAGGCUGAUGCCCCAGAGGUAAAGGCUGAUGUCCCAGAUAUAAAGGUUGGUGUCCCAUUGUUUGGAGGAAAGCUGGACUUCAAGACUGAUGUUCCAGAGAUGAAGGCUGAGGUCCCAGGAUUGGCAGGAAAGCUGGACUUCAAGUCUGAUGUACCAGAAAUAAAGGCUGAUGUCCCAGAGAUAAAGGCUAAUGUACCAAGAUUUGGAGGAAAGCUGGACCUCAAGGUUGAUGUCCCAGAUAUAAAGGCUGUUGUCCCAGAGAUGAAGCCUGAGGUCCCAGGAUUUGGAGGAAAGAUGGACUUCAAGGCUGAUGCCCCAGAGGUAAAGGCUGAUGUCCCAGGGUUUGGAGGAAAGCUGGAAUUCAAGGAUGAUGUCCCAGAGAUAAAGACUGAUGUCCCAGGGUUUGGAGGAAAGGUGAACUUAAAGGCUGAUGUCCCAGAGGUACAGGCUGAUGUCCUAGGAUUUGGAGGGAAGCUGGACUUCAAGGCUGAUGUUCCAGAGGUAAAGGCUGAUUCUGAUGUCCCAGGAUUUGGAGGAAAGCUGAACUUCAAGGCUGACGUUCCAGACAUAAAGGCUGAUGUCCCAGAGAUUAAGACUAAUGUACCAGGAUUUGGAGGAAAGCUGGACUUCAAGGCUGAUGUCCCAGAUGUAAAGGUUGGUGUACCAGGAUUUGGAGGAAAGCUGGACUUCAAGGCUGAUGUCCCAGAUAUAAAGGCUGAUGUCCCAGAGAUAAAGGCUAAUGUACCAGGAUUUGGAGGAAAGCUGGACUUCAAUGCUGAUGUCCCAGAGGUAAAGGCUGAUGUCCAACAGAUAAAAGCUAAUGUCCCAGAAGUUGGAGGAAAGUUGGACUUCAAGACUGAUGUCCCAGAGAUAAAAGCUAAUGUCCCAGAGAUCAGGACUGAGAUCCCAGGGUUUGGAGGAAAGCUGGACUUCAAGGCUGAUAUCCCAGAGGUAAAGGCUGAUGUCCCACAGAUAAAAGCUGAUGUGCCAAGAAUUGGAGGAAAGCUGGACUUCAAGGCUGAUGUCCCAGAGAUAAAGGCUGAUGUCCAAGGAUUUGGAAGAAAGUUGGAUUUUAAGGACAAUGUUCCAGAGGUAAAGGCUGAUGUCCCAGGGCUUGAAAGAAAGCUAACUUUUGAGACUGAUGUUCCAGAUAUUAAAAGUGGUUUUGCAAAAAUAGAGACAAAUAUCCCAGGUAUAGGAGGAAAGCUAGAUGUGUCAGAUGUAAAAGGUGAUGUAUCUGGAUUUGGAGGAAAAUUGGUUAAGGCUGCUGUCCCAGAAACUAAAGGUUAUGUUCCAGAAUUUGCUGGAAAGGGAGAUGUAAAGUGUGUUGUUCCAGAAUUUCAAGCUGAGGCCCCACGAGUAGAAAGACAGCUAGACUAUAAGGAUGGUAUCCCUGACUUUUCCAGAAAGAUGGACAUACAGUCUGAUAUCCGAGACUUUGAAGUAAAACAAGGACUGAAGGCUGAUGUUCCUGAUGUAAGGGCUGAUAUCUUAGUUGAUGCAGGGCUGAGCUUUAAGGGUGCUGUUCCAAAUGUUAAAGCUAAUGUCCCAGCACAUAGUGAAAAGAUAGAUUUAACAGCUGAUAUCCCAGAGUUAAAGCAUGAUGCCCCACGACAUAAAGGAAUUGACUUGAGUGCAGAUGUUCCAAAAGUCAAAACAGAUCUUACUAGUCUAUCUCUUAAAGGUGAUGUUUUGAUUAAGCCAGUACCUCCCUCUACUACCACUGGUGUUCCACUACAGGUGAACGUUGCAAGUGAUGUUUAUCUUCCUGAGGGUACCCUUGACAUACAUAAUGAUGCUCCUAGAGAGUCCAGAUCAUCUGAAUCAAAUAGUUUAAAGACACGCAUUCCUGUUCUGGAUAUUAAAUCCAGGCUGUCUGAACCUACAGUUUCUUUAUCAUCAACUGAAGCUGAUCUUUCUGAAGUACAAGUUGGAACUGGUGUAAGUCCUCCUCGAGAGGAUACAACAGCCCCUUCUGGACGGGGUUCAAGAAAAAAGAGAGGAAGACGUGGGAGAGGUACUGAAGAAGAUAUCGAUGUGUCAUCAAUUAAACCAUGGGAGAAACCUGGAGAUAAAGUUGAGUUUACAGAGGGAGUUGAUGUCGCAAUGCGAGGAUUGGACACUCAGCUCAAGCUCGACACAGAAGUUUCUGGGAUGUCAGUCAGUGGUGGUAAUGAUGAUUCUCCAACACGAAGUAGAAUUCCUAGAUUUAGUGGAGUAUCCAAACAAGGGACAGGGGCAGAAGAUAUGACACAACCACGAGACAUGAUUGCCGACGGUGUUGAGGGACAAGUAAAGGUAGAGGGUAGAAGUGGCAUACCAGUGUUGUCCGAACGUAUUUCUAUCUCAUUUAGGCCUCAGGAUGAGACAGAAGUGCAAAGUAACAUUCCAGUAGCAGCAACCCCAGAAGGCGCAGCUCCCAUCGGCUGGGUCUUACCACCAUCCACCACACAAUCACCAACUCACGGGGUAAUACUCAGGGAUGAUCGGUCAUUGCCAGGAGGGGUAACCAUACAACCUGGGCAGUAUGGGGUAAAAGGGGAGAUCACUCAACAUAUGCCAGAUUCAAAUCAAUCUUUGUCUAUCGAUUCUGAGGAAAAUCGGGGUGGUGAUCCAUAUAUCAAGGGUAAGCUGGGGCCAUUUAAACUUACACCUGAGAGGACAGUGAGCGAGUGUAAACCUGAAAUCACGAAAGUUAGUAGUGACCCGGAGAGCCUAAGCAACAAAUCUUUGGAGGCACAAGGGCCUGAGACCAUGAAAGAGUGGACCCUAGAACCUCAGUCUUAUCAAGUCAAAAUGGAAACAGAUCCCAGUAUAAAAUUAAUGUCUGAUCCAACCGUGACGGAACUUCAUACUAGAAUGGUUAUUGGAGACGGUGACCAGCGGGCAAGUAAACAGUCUCGAACGGUGUUUGUGACUGAAGACGCUGGCGGGAGAGUAGUGGUUCACAGAAGAAUGGAUUCCACUUCAGCACCUUCAGGAGAACAGACAAUUUCAUCGGCGAUGACAACAACACCUGAAGAUCUUAGUUCAAUGCUGAGUCAGGGUCCUUCUUCAACAGUCUCCACAGUGGUGACAACAAGUGAAUGGCCUGAGGGAGUCACCACACAAAAAACAGUUCGAGUUAGGAAAAUCAGAAAAAUUAAAGUAGGAGAUGGACCUGAAGAAACUAUUCUUGAAACUGACUACGAAACCGUCCCAGGUGAGGAGCCUGACCUGUCUAGGCUUGAGGGAAUGUUACAAAGUAGCGAAGUGUUGCGAGUCACACCAGAAGGGGAGCCAAGCCUAUCACAUUUGCCACCUGAAUUGAGAGACACCUCUCUACUCCACUUUGAUUCCAAUCAAAGGGAGGCACCUGGAGAUACACACCAGACUGUCACUAGGACGGUCAAGAGGAUACCUUCAGGAGAAAUUGCUCAGUACCUCCCAGAAGGGUUCGACAAAAAUCUUCACAAAGUUGUUGGAGGAACGACAACGACAACGACAAAAACUGUGCGAAAAGUAAAAAUGUUAAAGAAAGAUGAGAGUGGUAAUAUGGUAGAAUGUGAUGCAGAUGAUGAGGAUCUCCAAACCUUGCUACCAUACCUCUCAUCUGAAAGUGCUUCUUCCACUGUCCCCACCAACACCACCACUACCACCACCACAUCUUCUGAAGAUGAUGGCGGUGUGGUUACCACUACCACCACUACCACCACCGACGGAGGCACCGUCACCAGAGUAAUUCGACAAAAACGCUUCAUAACGGAUGGGUCAUCGAUAAGUGAGUUCGAGGAGGGGCCUGCCGCCGCCGGUGAGUGUGAGGGCGGCGUGCCCGAGAGGGUUAGGGCGGAACCCGAACAGUCUCCCGACGAUCACAGAACAUAUUUGUCUCUGUGUUCCCUCUACGAGCUCACCUCAGGAACGUGGGGACGCUUUAUAUCCGCAUGUUCCGCAUCAAUCCCUUAUAAUAUGGUUACCCUUACAGUGGUUUUCUGUGGCGGGCGGUGUCUGGGUGACACAGGCGCCCUUCAUAGAGGUCGGUCAGUUGCCACACAUCGCUGGGCAUUAAUAACUGCAUCCCUGACGGCUUCACUGAACAGCAGGCGUAUCAGCAGCCUCACCGCCACAAUGAGUGAGGCACCGGCGAAGGGCAAAGUCAUUAAGAAGAAGAAGGUGAAAAAGGCCCCUGCCCCAGCAGCUCCAACUGAAGAGGGGACAUCAUGUCCAACCCUAGCAGCAUCAACAGCAACAACAGCACCACCACCACCACCACCAGCAGUAGCAGCACCGGCACCAGCAGCGUCUUCUAUCAAGAAGUCUGCACCACAGCCUCCAGAACCAAAGCCAACAAAAGAACAGCCCUCCACAGCUCCUAAUGUGGCGCCGGUGCCAGCUCCAAGGAAAAAUAAGGUAGCGCCAGAACCGCCGCAACCCAAAGUUACGGCGUCCCUAUCCGGGGAACCUGAAUCUACAGCAGCCCGAACAACACCUAAGGCCCCAGCACCAAAGGCUCCUAGGGUUACACAGAGUCCCUCUGUACUCACGGAGACACCGGAGUUCAUGGCAGCCAGCGCCGCCACGAAGAAAGCAUCUGAGGAACCACCAAGGACACUGCAACAAGGACCACUACCUAAAGUACCCCAAGAGGAGUCAAAGGUAUCCAAGGAAUUACCAGUAUCUAAGGCACCUCAGGAAGCACCAAAGGUACCAAAGGAAGCUCCAGCACCUAAAGCACCUGUAGAGAUACCUAAGGCAUCCAAGGAAACUCCUGCUCCUAAGGCACCUCACGAAGCACCAAAGGUACCGAAGGAAGCUCCAGCACCUAAAGCACCUGUAAAGACACCUAAGGCAUUCAAGGAAACUCCUGCUCCUAAGGCACCUCAAGAAGCACUAAAGGUACCGAAGGAAGCUCCAGCACCCAAAGCACCUGUGGCACCCAAGGAGGAACCAGCACCAAAGGCAUCCAAGGAAGCUUCAGCACCUAAGCCACCUCAAGCAACUAAGGAAGCACCCAAAACUCCUCAGGAAGCAACGGCAGUAAAGGCAUCCCAGGAAGCACCUGCCGCACCCAAAACGUCAAAAGAAAUCUCCAAAGUAACACCAGAGGCUGCAGCACCUAAGCCUGCAGCACCUAAGCCUGCAGCACCUCAGUCCCAGGUGUCUCCCAAAGCAGCAGCAACAGCAGCAGCUAGCAGACCUGUGGAGGCCUUUCAGUCCCCGGGGCGGCAAGAGACGGAUGAAGCCUCUGCCAGGAAGUUGACCAACUUCUUCAAGAUGGGCGUCCACGACGACGGCGUGGUGACCCAGGAGCCCCAGGCCCAGCAGGUCCAUGCCCCCUCUCCCACCGCCGCCGCGCCAUCCCCCGCCGCUAAGGUGAGCAGCACCGUUGCUGCCGCCCAGGAUGAAGGAACCUUGCAACAGCAGGCACAAGUCAGAGUGCUCACCUUGAACCAUAAGGACCAUCUAGAUUCAACACUCUUUCGUCUGCAGAAAGGUUGGAUCCUCCAGCUGCGUCCAGGCCCCACACUACUUGGGCGUCAGGUGAGUGUGUUCACCAACCACCCAGAGAGACCCGAAGAUGGCUUCACACGCACCAAGUACCGUCACCUUCAGUGGAAGAGUGACUCCCACAACAAGGGUGAUGACACGGCUCUCUAUGUGGAGGUGACCCUUGUUAUGGCUGGGUCCUUCCACUACUACUUCACCUAUGAUGACAGUGAGAAUAAAGACAAAGCCCAAGGUUCAGGGUUCUUCUUGGUGGAUCCAACACUAAUUGUUGGCACAAAUGAAGUCCUCCAGCAAGACUGUGUCCAGUGCCAGACUGUCCUCUCUAAGAGUCUUGGUCCCCUGCCAGACUGGGAACAGCGACUGCAAGUGGCUCAUCAAAGUGGUUACAACAUGAUACACUUCACACCAAUUCAGGAACUAGGAGGCUCUAACUCAAGUUACUCCCUGAAGGAUCAGCACAAACUCAACGUCGAGUUUCAGAUUCCUGGUAAUGAAUUCACUUUUGAUGAUGUUGAAGUGCUGAUAAAGAAAAUGAAACAAGAAUGGAAGGUGUUGUCCUUAACUGACAUUGUGCUGAACCACACGGCUAAUGAGACUCCAUGGCUGCAAGAACAUCCAGAAUCAACAUACAACUGUAAUAACUCUCCUCACCUUCGUCCGGCAUAUUUGCUAGACAGAGUUCUGUACCACAUGGCAUUAGAAGUAAUGGAUGGAAAGUGGAAGGACCGAGGAAUACCAGAAGCCAUUACAGAAGAGAAACAUAUUGAGGCUGUGAAGAAUGCCCUACACAACUAUUUCUUACCUCAAGUAAAACUUCACGAGUUCUACACAGUUGACAUAGAAAAGAUGGUUGAAGAGUUCCGUCGUAGGAUCUCUUGCAUCGUUCCCUCCAUCAAGACAUCGGCUGAAGAAGUUUCAAAGAACAAACUAGUGAUCAAACAAGACCCCCAAUAUGGAAGGAAGACUUGCACAGUAGAUAUGGAUAUUGCAGUGAGACUCUAUAAUUUGCCCAAUGAGUCGAAAGAGAAGAUCCUCCAGGGUAGUGGACCAGAGGCCAGUGAUGAGGCUGACCGUGUGGUGCGCUGCUGCUCUGAGUUCCGACGCCACCUGGAGCACCUGAAUGAGCAGCGUGCCAGCGAGAUUCAAGCACACCUCAUCAGGGCUGUGAGCUGCUGUCUGGGCACUAUUCGCUACCAGCGCCUUCAGCCUGAUGGACCUAAGAUUGCUGCAGUAUCAAAAGAGAAUCCACUGGUUCCUCCGUACUUUACUCAUUAUGGAAAAGACACUACACUGGAGGAAGAGGAGGCCUUGAUGUUUGGCUCGAAAGCUUCCUUCUUAAUGGCCCACAAUGGCUGGGUCAUGGGGGAUGAUCCACUAAAGAAUUUUGCUAGAGAAGAAUCGUAUGUAUACUUGAGGAGAGAAUUGGUUGCCUGGGGGGACAGCGUUAAGCUGAGGUAUGGCGAUGAACCCAAGGACAGUCCUUUCCUGUGGGACUUAAUGAGACGCUACUGUGAAUACACCGCUCGUAUCUUCCAUGGUAUCCGUCUUGACAACUGUCACUCAACACCCAUCCAUGUUGCUGAGUACAUGUUGGAUGCUGCAAGAAAAGUUAGACCAGACCUGUAUGUGAUUGCAGAACUCUUCACAAACUCUGAUCUGACGGAUAACAUAUUCAUUAACCGGCUGGGAAUCAAUUCUCUCAUCAGAGAGGCCAUGUCAGCCCCAGACUCUCAUGAGGAAGGUCGACUGGUGUACCGCUAUGGUGGUGAGCCUGUGGGAGCCUUCCUACUGCCUCCUGUGCGGCCGCUUGUUCCAUCAGUUGCUCAUGCCAUGUUUCUUGACCUCACUCAUGACAACAGGAGUCCAGCUGAAGUCCGUACUGCUUGGGACAUGCUGCCAUCCACAGCCCUUGUCAGUAUGGCCUGCUGUGCCACUGGCUCAAAUAGAGGUUAUGAUGAACUUGUACCUCAUCAUAUUCAUGUAGUGGAUGAGCAGCGGGUGUAUGCAGCCUGGAGUGAGAGCACCACUCAGCGUGGAGAAAUCAACAAAAAAUCUGGAAUAAUAGAGUGCAAAAAUCUGCUAAAUAAACUUCAUUUUGAGCUCGGUGCAAAUGGUUUUAAUCAGGUGUUUGUGGACCAAGUGACAGAACAUGUGGUGACAGUGACACGUCACAACCCUGUGAGCCACCAGAGUGUGGUACUUGUUGCUUACACCUCCUUCAGGCCCCCAGCACAGAUCAAGGCUACCAAUAUACGUCCCUUGAAGGUUCAAGGACGAUUGGAGGAAAUUAUUUUUGAAAUGCAAGUCAAAGGAACAAAGGAAGAAGAUGCAGAUAAGAAGAUCCCAGGAGUUUUUGUGCCUGACUUGGAAUUUAUCAACGGAUUAGAAAAUUUCAAUGUGGAAGUGAAGGAACACUUGACUCCUGCACAAUCCACCUUUGUGCAAGUUACAUCUAGUAGUGACUCAGACAUGACAGUGUGUGAAUACACCUCCAAAUUUAAACCUGGCAGUGUUAUAGCCUUCAGACUAAGUCUUCUGCCUCGUGCUCAGUCUGCUGUCAACAAGAUUCGUGGAACUCUAUCGGAGUUUGGUUAUAAGUCGAGGAUUUCUGAAGUCACCACUCACAACCCAGUGUUGACUGACAUAGUGAAUGGCCUCAGUCUGGUUGAUCUGAACCGUAUCCUGUACCGUUGUGAUGACGAGGAGAAGGAUGAAGGUCGGGGUUGGGGUGCCUAUAACAUCCCCAACUAUGGGCCACUGCUCUACUGUGGCCUGCAAGGUGUUGUUUCUGUGCUUAGUGAGAUUCGUGUGGUCAAUGACCUUGGGCAUCCUCUGUGUGGGAAUUUGCGUGAUGGUGACUGGCUGCCAGACUACAUUGCAGGUCGCCUUAAGUUUGACCCAUCAACUCAACAGCUAGCAGGCUGGCUGGAGGAGGUGUUUGGUUACUUGAGGGAUGUACCUCGAUAUCUCAUCCCAGCCUACUUUGAUUCCAUUGUCACCAGCAUCUACCUCACCCUCAUCAACAGGGCAUGGGCACUGAUGGGAGAAUUCAUCUCUGAAGGAUCAAACUUUGUCAAGGCUCUUGGUUUAUGCUCAGUGCAAUUUUGUGGCACUGUGAAGUCUGCCCUGUUACCACCUUUGUCUCCCAACUUGAGGGAUCCCAAACCUCCUUCUUUCACCGAUGAUUCUGGUAGCCAAAUGCAGCUGUCUGCCACCAUUGCAGCUGGACUCCCUCACUUCUCUGUUGGUUAUAUGCGAAACUGGGGUCGAGACACCUUCAUUGCUCUCCCUGGAAACCUCCUUAUCACCAGUAGAUAUGAAGAAGCCAGAUGGAUCAUCUUGGGAUUUGCUGGCACAAUGCGUCACGGGCUCAUUCCAAACCUCCUGGAUGGAGGGAAAAAAGCAAGGUUCAACUGUCGAGAUGCUAUCUGGUUCUGGCUGCAGGCUAUCCAAAGAUAUGUAACAAUUGUUCCCAAUGGUCAUGAAAUUCUGAAAGACAAGGUUUCAAGAUUAUAUCCAUCAGAUGACUGUACUCCACAAGAACCUGGGAAAUCUGACCAACUCCUUGAGGAAGUCAUUCAUGAGGGUCUCCAGCGCCACUUCCAAGGAGUCAAGUUUAGGGAAAGGAAUGCAGGUUUCCAGAUUGACCGGCAGAUGAAUGAUGAUGGAUUCAACAAUAAUGUUGGAGUUGACCUGGAAACAGGUUUUGUGUAUGGUGGCUCAGUGAAUAACUGUGGUACCUGGAUGGACAAGAUGGGAUCAAGUGAAUUGGCCGGCACCAAGGGUAAACCAGCAACACCUCGUGAUGGCAGUGCUGUUGAGAUCAUUGGUCUUUGCAAGUCUGCUCUUGCCUUCCUAGGCCGCAUGCAAAAAGAGGGCAAAUAUUCCUACAACACUGUGGAGCAAUGUGAUGGAACAGGAAAGGUAACUAAAUGGACAUAUGAAUUCUGGGAAAAGAAGAUUGAAGAAAACUUUGAAAAGUACUUCUGGGUCAGCGAAACGCCAAUGCCCGAAAAUGAACCUAGACCGGAGUUGAUUCACCGCAGAGGAAUAUACAAAGACUCUCACAAUGCCUCACAGUUUUGGGCAGAUUUCCAAUUGCGGUGCAACUUCCCAAUUGCUAUUGCUGUGGCUCCUGAAAUGACUUCACCCAAAAAUGCCUGGGUUGCACUGAAAAAUGCUGAAGAAAUCUUGCUAGGACCUUUGGGCAUAAAAACUCUGGAUCCCAAGGAUUGGGCUUAUAAUGGGAAUUACGACAACUCUAACAACACAGCAGAUUCCAAGUUAGCCCAUGGCUUCAAUUACCAUCAGGGUCCAGAAUGGUUAUGGCCUGUUGGGUGGCUUUUGCGUGCACAACUUACCAUUGCACCCAAGGUGGGGGCCACUGAGGAGCUGGCCCGCACUAUGGGCCACGUGAAGUCUCUCAUGGCGAACCAUCUCACCCAUCUACUGACCUCCCCCUGGCGCUCCCUUCCAGAGCUGACAAAUGCCGAGGGUGCCUUCUGUAAAGACUCCAAUCCAGCACAGUCAUGGAGCACAGGCUGCCUUCUGGAGGUGUUAUGGGAGUUGGAUCACAUAGAGCGAAGUCUCAACAUCUCCACUAACAUUUGAAGAGAGCCGGGCUACGCCACCAUCCUUCCCCUGAACAACCUGCCCCAGGAUCCCUCUACACUCAUUGUGCAGUGCCAACAUGAAUUUCCCACUAGCACCUACUUCCCUUUAGACGACAAUAGGCAGCACUACAAACUAAGUCAUGAGUCCCAAGAGUCAAGUGAAACCUUUGAUACAGCUUAC